AUGGACCAAUACUCACAAUACUUGAUGUGGGUGAGGAGCAAACAAAUUCCGAAUUCAAACUGUCAAGCAUCGUUGAAUUCACUCAGCAACUCGUGGGAAGAACAGGCCUUCGCUGAAGACGCUGCGGGUCCUCUUGGGGGAUUCAUAUGGCCUCCCAGAUCCUAUUCUUGUAGCUUCUGUAAACGAGAAUUCAGGUCUGCUCAAGCCCUAGGUGGUCACAUGAAUGUCCACAGGAGGGAUAGAGCUAGGCUCAAGCAAUCUCUUAGCCCACAAAGUGAAGUUCUUGACACUCAAAACCAUAACCAGAGUCUCUCCAAAUCAUUGGGGACUCAAUACCUACAUCAGAUUUUCACCCCAGAUUCAAAUUCUAACCCUAGUUUUGCAACAUCGCCUGUCUCAUCUUCUAGGAUUUCAGCCUUGUCCACUUUGGAGAAUUUCAAUGAAAAUAAUACCUCUAUGUUCCCUUUUUCUUCCUCUAUUCUUCAUGAAACCCCAAAGGAAUUUCCUUAUUCUUUGCCUCCUUCUUGGUCAGAUUCUGAGACAGUUACGCUUGUUAGUGUUUCAGAUUCAAAAGCUGCAUGUGAGAAGACCAGAAGGAAAGAAGAAUCUGUAUUACUGGGUCAUGAUGACUCUGUUGAAACAAAUUUGACUGUGGGCUUGAAUUUGGCAGUUUCCCAAAAUCUAUCUGAUGGUGAUGAGACGAUCAAAAACAAGAGACUAAAGAGAAGUGCUGUGUCAUCAUUGCCUUUGUUCCUCAGAUCAUGUUCAAGUAAUUUAUUUCCUUUCGAGUCAGAGGCAUUAGGACUCAAGACCAGUUCUAUGGAGGACAUAGACCUUGAGCUCAGGCUAGGUGAUCCACCAGCAAAGUACACCUACAAAUGCUUUUAG